AUGGUUCGCACAUGGUUUAACCAGCCGGCUCGCAAACACCGUCGCCAGGAGGCCCGCAAGGCCAAGGCUAAGCGUAUCGCUCCAAAACCAGCAUCGGGUCCUCUUCGGCCCAUCGUUAACUGUCCAACCCAGCGCUACAACAUGAAAGUCAGAGCUGGACGAGGCUUUAGCCUGGAGGAGCUCAGAGCUGCUGGAAUUAGCCGCAAAAUUGCGCGCAGCGUUGGUAUUUCAGUUGACCACCGACGCCGGAACAACUCUGUCGAAGGUCUCCAGAGGAAUGUCGCUCGUCUCCGGAAGUACAUGUCCAAGCUCAUUCUGUUCAAUAAGGCAAAGAUCCUCCCGGUUCCUGUUCACCAGGGCGAUAUCACUAAGGUGACGCAGCGCAGGAUGGUAAUGCCAAUUGUCCAGAAGACCAAACGGGAUGAAGCCCACAAGAUUACUGAAUCGGAGAAGAAGUACUCUGCCUUCCAUGCAAUACGCCAACACCGUGCCAACAAGCGCCUUUACGGCAAACGCUACAAGGCUAGAAUGGCGAAGGCUGGCCAGUAA